AUGAAAAAAAAUGUCUAUGGUCUGUCGGAUUUGACAGUUUUCCCGACCGAUCGCCCAGUUCGUUUCUUAUAAAAUUCGGUAAAAAACACGAAUAAACAUGGCUUUUGGUGAUUAUCCGAAGGAAUACAAUCCUUCUACUCACGGGCCAUACGAUCCUGCCCGCUACUAUGGGAAACCUGAUACUCCUUUCGGCCAAGUUAAAAUCAGUGAACUCGGUGCGUGGUUGGCGCGCAGAAACAAGACCCCAUCAGCCGUCAUGGGCGCAUGCAGCCGAGCCUGGUGGAGGUGGCAACACAAGUAUGUGCAGCCCAAGCGUGUGGGCAUCGCUCCAUUCUUCCAGUUGCUGGUCGGUUCCAUGACCUUCUUCUACGUCAUCAACUAUGGCAAACUGAAGCACCACAGGAACUACAAGUACCACUAAAGAGAGAGUCAAACCGCAAGAUAGAUCACUGUAUUUAUUAUGUCUGGGUCUACAUGUGUUUAUGUUAGUGCAUUAAAUCUACUGCAAUAAAAUUACUAGAGUCAACUGUA